CCUCCGCAUGGCGAUGGUCGGCCAGAUCAUAAAUAGACCAAGUCUGAACUUUCCUGCUGCUGCUGUUUGACCAGAUCCAACUUUCACUCUCUCGUUUCACUCGUCAAAAUGGUGUUUGCGAUGGCCUUGCCUUCGGGCCAAAUGCCCGAGAUUAACCCUAGCAACCUGUCCCUGCCGGUCAUGGCGGUUGUCAUUGUCCCUUGGAUCUUCAUUCUUUUGAUCAAAUUCCUUCCUCAAGGUCCUACCAUCAAGGGUGUCCCGGGCUCCUUCCUCGAUCUUUUCUGCUGUGGUAUUGCUACCAAGCUCAACUUUGUCACUGGACGGAGUGCACACUACUUCAGCUCCCUCCAUGUCUCAUACGCAGGAAAAAUUGUCAGGUUCGCCCCAGGACAAGCCACCACCAACACCAUCAAAGGUCUUCGUAACAUUUACGGCGCCGGAUCUGGCAAAGGCAGCACCUUCCUCAAGACCGGCUUCUACAAGGGCAUCUCUCGCCGCAACAUCUUCACGGCCAGCGACCCGGUCUACCAUGCUUCCGUUCGAAAGCUGUUCAAUCCCUCCAUGACUCCCAACAGCAUGCAAGCUCAUGCAAACGUGGUUCUGGAAUGUACCUCGCGCCUCCACGAUGUCAUCAAUGCCACUCAUAAGACCACCGAUACCAUCAGUCUCAACCGGCUGCUUUACUGCCACUCCGUGGACACCGUCUCCGAAGUGCUCCUUGGCAAGUCCUUGGGCUGUUUGAAGCGAGGCAAGCCGUACUUCUGGACCGAGCAGCUCAGCCGCAUCUUCUUCUGGGCCACAAUCCGUGACCAGUUUGCUGGGUCUGGAGUCCCCACUAUGAUCAAGAUGAUGCUGCGCUACUUGAUCCGGAAGGGUGUCCGCUCUCGUGCAGAGCAGGCUCGGAUGCGACUCAUUAACGAGCAGUUGACUGCGUCCCACACCCGUCGCGACAUCAUGGUCGAAGUGAUGGAGAGAGCCGCCACCAGUGACCUGCCAGUGGAUGAAAUUGCCGAGAAUUUCUCAGCCAUCAUGUUGGCUGGCUUUCACACCACUCAAAACGCUCUCUGUGCCACCAUCUACUUCGUUCUGACACACCCUGAGGCCCAUGCCAAGCUGAUCAGCGAAUUGCAAGCGGCGUUCGCCUCCCCUGAAGAUAUCUCUGGAGAUGUCGCCGCGAGCCUACCCUACCUGAACGCCAUCAUAACGGAGUCUCUCCGUCUGUACCCACCAGUGCCACUUGGAGGCCCGCGCGUCUCACCGGGAGCCUAUGUUGACGGGACUUACAUUCCAGCCGGGACCGAAAUUUGCACAUCCCUGUUUGCGCUACAUCACAAUCCCGAAUACUUCAACGAACCAUAUGAGUUUAUUCCUGAGCGGUGGACAGACCCCGAAUCCACCGACAAGAAGGAGGCAGUUCAGCCCUUUUUGGUGGGAAGCCGGUCCUGCGUUGCCAAGUACUUCGCGAAACAGAUGAUACAACUUACUUUAGCGUCAUUCUUCAUGGAAUACGAAGCAGAGUAUAUUGGUCCUGUCAAGGACUGGCAGCGGGAGAGUCGCUGCUACGCCUUCUGGGAGGUGCCCGAUUUGAAGCUGAAGCUCCGGAAGCGAGAGGCUAUCUAAUAUGAAC